GCCGCUGACCUGCUCUGCCACAGCAGCGUUUGUUGAAUCCUGAUUGGUUGUUCAGUACACCUAACCAAAUACUCAUCCGAUAAGGUCGCCGGCCCACCUACUCCUUCCCUCCCUCUCUCUCUCUCUCUCUCUCUCUCUCUCUCUCAAUUCUUCCGCUUCUCAAUUCAAUUCCGACGGUACAUUAGGUUUCUCCUAAUUUAUGGCUUCAACAGUUCUUAAUGCGCCUAAUAGCGUUCAAAGAAUUAAUGGUUUGGAUUGGGGCUCCGAUGUUGGGCUAAAACGUUCGCCAAAUUCAAACUUCCUCUGCGUCAGGACCUCGGCCAAUGUGCGUUCUCCACGUCUUUUCGUCGUGAGAGCUUCCGAAGAGCGUGACGCACAUAUGAAGAAGCUCGGAAGAAGUGAUGCAGAAUGUGAAGCUGCUGUUGUGGCUGGCAACAUUCCAGAAGCGCCUCCCGUGCCGCCGAAACCAGCAUCACCGGCUGGGACUCCUGUGGUUCCUUUGCUGCCUCUCAGCCGUCGUCCACGUCGUAACCGGAGGUCUCCAGCAAUGAGAGCAUCGUUUCAAGAGACCAAUCUGUCACCUUCCAAUUUUGUAUAUCCACUAUUUAUUCAUGAAGGGGAGGAGGACACACCAAUUGGAGCUAUGCCUGGAUGUUAUAGACUUGGAUGGAGACAUGGACUUUUGGAAGAGGUUUCCAAAGCUCGAGAUGUUGGUGUCAAUUCUGUUGUGUUAUUCCCUAAAGUUCCAGAUGCAUUGAAGACUCCAACAGGGGACGAAGCUUACAAUGAUAAUGGUUUAGUGCCUCGAACAAUUCGAUUGCUCAAGGACAAAUACCCUGAUCUUGUUAUUUACACUGAUGUUGCUUUGGAUCCGUACUCUUCUGAUGGCCACGAUGGUAUAGUUAGAGAGGAUGGAGUUAUAAUGAAUGAUGAGACUGUACAUCAAUUAUGCAAACAAGCUGUCUCCCAGGCCCGUGCUGGAGCAGAUGUUGUCAGUCCAAGUGACAUGAUGGAUGGUAGAGUAGGAGCAAUUCGAAGGGCUCUUGAUGCUGAAGGCUUUUAUCAUGUCUCCAUCAUGUCUUACACAGCGAAGUAUGCAAGCUCAUUUUAUGGUCCAUUUCGUGAAGCACUAGAUUCAAAUCCUCGUUUUGGAGACAAAAAAACUUACCAGAUGAAUCCAGCAAAUUAUAGAGAGGCUUUGAUCGAAACCCGUGAAGAUGAAUCUGAAGGAGCAGAUAUUCUUCUGGUGAAGCCCGGUCUACCCUACCUGGAUAUCAUAAGACUUCUUAGGGAUAAUUCUCCUUUACCUAUUGCAGCAUAUCAGGUAUCGGGUGAAUACUCGAUGAUCAAGGCUGGUGGGGUUCUCAAAAUGAUUGACGAAGAAAAGGUGAUGAUGGAGUCCCUUAUGUGUCUCAGACGGGCUGGAGCAGAUAUAAUCCUCACAUAUUUUGCUCUUCAGGCAGCUAGAUGUUUGUGUGGUGAGAGGAGGUGAGAGUUAUGUUAAUGUGCAUUUGUAGAGAAUUUUCGGUCGUCAAAACUUCAUAUCAGAGGUUUUUUCUCAAUAAAUUCUGUAAUAUUAUUUGAAUAUCUUUUUAGUUUAAUUCAAUGCUCGAUUUGCCAAGUUUUA